CGCAUCCGCAUCUCGGCAUCUCGCGUCGCGACCCGCGACCCGCGGCGGCGCGUCCCGAAUGGCGGCCGAUCGCCCGCUCGCGAGGGUUGAUGAGAUAGCAAGGCGCCAUUUCCAAAUAUUUCGAUCCGCAGCGUAAUCUCUCUCGCGUGCGCCGGUGCGCGAUCCCCUCCCUCCCUCCUCCUCAAUCCCCCAGAUCGCGUGCGCCGCGGGCUCUCCCCGCGUUGACUCUCCAGCAUCUAGAUCCGCGCCUGCGCUCCCGACGAGGUCGGCCGGUCUACGGUCACCCUCGUGGUUUCCAUUGACUUGUUUUUCUCUUCUUUUUCUUUUUUUCCCCUCUUCUCCCCAACCUCGCAACAAAAUCGGCGGCUAUCCUCGUGUUUCUUCUUCGCUCCGUGGCCGCAGAAUCCCCCCACCGCUGUUCUUGCGGCGCCGGUGUUCGUUUGAAAGUUGGCUGCGCUGUCCUGGGAGGCCUCAGCAGCAGCAGCAGCGAGCUUUGCUCUUGUGAGCGCUUCGUGUGCUUGCAGCUGCGUUUUAUUAUUGCGUCUUGGAGCUGUCACGACGUGGUUGUUGAGAGGAAUCUAUCAUCCCUUCACAGUUGCGAGGAAAGCUUCCUGUGAUGUCUAAUCUAUCAGAGCCCUCAAAAGAAGCUGCAUCAGCUGAUGAUUCAAGUGCUGUCCAGAAAACUGGAGCAUGGAGUAACACGUUGAACAUUCUUCUGCAACAAGCUUCAGUCUAUGGUGUGGCUGCUGGUUAUUGCCUGUCAGCAUCCCUGCUCUCCAUUAUCAACAAAUGGGCAGUCAUGAAAUUUCCAUACCCUGGAGCAUUGACAGCUUUACAGUACUUCACUAGUGUUGUUGGAGUUCUCUUAUGUGGACAACUAAAGCUUAUUGAGCAUGAUGGCCUUAAUUUGAGGACCAUGUGGAAGUUCUUGCCUGCUGCGGUGAUGUUCUACAUCUCCAUCUUCACAAACAGUGAACUUCUACUCCAUGCCAAUGUGGACACUUUCAUCGUGUUUCGCUCAGCUGUGCCAAUUUUUGUGGCCAUUGGAGAGACCCUUUAUCUUCACCAACCAUGGCCAUCACUCAAGACAUGGCUUUCACUUUCAACUAUACUUGGUGGAAGUGUGAUCUAUGUUUUCACAGACAACCAGUUCACUGUGACUGCUUACACCUGGGCAGUGGCAUAUCUUGCAAGCAUGUCCAUUGACUUUGUCUACAUCAAGCACGUUGUCAUGACCAUUGGCCUGAACACAUGGGGCCUUGUGCUUUACAACAAUCUGGAGGCUUUGAUGCUCUUCCCUCUUGAGAUGCUUCUAAUGGGGGAGCUUAAUCAGAUGAAGGGCGACAGCGCUAAAGUGACAAACUGGCUUUCAUCUGAUGUCAUUCUUCCUGUUGCUCUGUCUUGCUUGUUCGGGCUAUCUAUAUCCUUCUUCGGGUUCUCCUGCAGACGGGCUAUCUCGGCAACUGGAUUUACCGUGCUCGGUAUAGUGAACAAGCUCCUGACUGUUGUGAUUAAUCUCCUUAUCUGGGACAAGCAUGCCUCCUUUGUGGGAACAAUUGGGCUCUUGAUCUGCAUGUCCGGUGGUGUUCUCUACCAGCAAUCCACCACAAAACCAAAGGCCCCCAAGGCUGAGCCAAAAGAGGAGAAUGAUGAGGAGCAGCAGAAAUUGCUGGAGAUGCAGCAAGGGCUCGAAAGUAGCUCAACUCAGAAGCAAGCGUCAUCUUAAGCCUGGUAGGAAAUUUGGCGUCGAUAUCUUACUCUCAACCUCAAGACGGCUUCCCUGUAUCAUAUUAUGGGAUGCUAAAGAAGAAUCAUUUGGCCAAAGGAUGUUUGUUCGUCAUGCUAGAAUCCUGUAAUGCUGUUGGCAUGAAAAAUCUCAGAGAAAACUUAAUGUCACUUUAAAAUUCUUUGUUUAGUGGUAUACCGUAAUUCAUUUGUUAGACCUGUGGUAGGGUAUCAAUUAUCAAAGAAUCCUGAAACAUACUCGAACAGAAUACUCCGUAUACAAUAUGCUGUUUCAUUGAUAAUACAGGGUGGUUACCCUUUUCCAUGCAGUAUAUUUGUUUUUGCUUUUCGUUUUGUGAUGAAGGAAAAUUAUCUUUUGUACUCAAA